AGAGAGAGAACGAACGGAGAAAUAGAAAAGAGAGGGACAGGGAGGGAGUAGAGAAGACCGUGGAGCCCGCGGCACUGAUGGAACAACAGGAUAUAUAACCGUUCCCUGGACACCGUAUUCCAUGCCUCUCCUCUGUCGGGGCCUCGUCAUUGAUGGGCAACCACUUGGACCGUAUCACCCAUCUCAGCUACAGCGAGCUGCCAACCGGCGAUCCGUCCGGAGUGGAGAAAGAGGAGCUCAGGGUCGGCGUAGCUUACUUCUUCUCCGACGAAGAGGAAGAGGUGGACGACGGAGGAGGAGGAGGAGGUUACCCUUGCGCCAGCCAGGAGAGCCCCGGGGCGGUCAGCGAGCUGGAGUACUCCGCAUUCUGCUCACAGGAAUGCAUCUUCUCCAAGCUCCGCGAAAACCAGGACUUGAACGUGUACUCCGCCAAAACAUUGCUCUCCAUGUGCAAGCCAGGGGACCUUGUGGAGCUAGUAUCCACAUCACAGGCACCACACUGGGCUGUGUACGAGCUCAACGACCAGGUGAUACACCUGCAUGAGGGGGAGAUACGGAAGGACAGCCUGACUGAGAUAGGACGGGGCCGGCGUGGACGGAUAGUGAACAGCCGCUACCGGUUCCGGCCGCUGCCUGCCAACCUGGUCGUGCAGAACGCCACUGGGCACCUCGGCCUGAACAGUGGGGAGAUCUGCUGGACCAACUCUGAGAGCUUCGCCGCCUGGUGCCGUUUCGGGAAGCGGGAGUUUAAGAAGGGAGGCGAGGCACACUCGGCGGCGCAGCAGUACUUCCUCAAAGUGCACUUUGACGCCGGGACUCGGAGUGGACACACGCUGGUGUUCCGUAGCCUGGAAGACAUGAUCUGGGAGCGCAGGCGUGUGGACGCCAACGGGAUUCUGAAAGAGAUGUCUUUAGGGGUCAACGGUGGGAAGGAGUGAUUGAUUUUGGAAUUCUAAUUAAAAUGAUGGCCUAUACCUCUCCUCUUUCUUCUCCACACACACACACACACACACACACACACGCACACGCACACGCACACACAGCAAAAGAGAGAGAGAUGAAGAGAGGAAGGACUUGUUGUGUAUGUAGGCUGUCGGCAUACUGCAGGCUGACCGAGGACGGGGCUCUGUGACUCUGUAGGAGAGAGAUGUGAUCAUCAUACUGCAGGCUGACCGAGGACGGGGCUCUGUGACUCUGUAGGAGACAGAUGUGAUCAUCAUGCUGCAGGCAGACCGAGGACGGGGCUCUGUGACUCUGUAGGAGAGAGAUGUGAUCAUCAUACUGCAGGCUGACCGAGGACGGGGCUCUGUGACUCUGUAGGAGACAGAUGUGAUCAUCAUGCUGCAGGCUGACCGAGGACGGGGCUCUGUGACUCUGUAGGAGACAGAUGUGAUCAUCAUGCUGCAGGCAGACCGAGGACGGUGCUCUGUGACUCUGUAGGAGACAGAUGUGAUCAUCAUACUGCAGGCUGACCGAGGACGGUGCUCUGUGACUCUGUAGGAGACAGAUGUGAUCAUCAUGCUGCAGGCAGACCGAGGACGGGGCUCUGUGACUCUGUAGGAGAGAGAUGUGAUCAUCAUGCUGCAGGCAGACCGAGGACGGGGCUCUGUGACUCUGUAGGAGAGAGAUGUGAUCAUCAUGCUGCAGGCAGACCGAGGACGGGGCUCUGUGACUCUGUAGGAGACAGAUGUGAUCAUCAUCCUGCAGGCUGACCGAGGACGGUGCUCUGUGACUCUGUUAACACUGUAGGAGACAGAUGUGAUCAUCAUACUGCAGGCUGACCGAGGACGGUGCUCUGUGACUCUGUUAACACUGUAGGAGACAGAUGUGAUCAACCUGCCAAGAGAAGAAAUAGAAAUAACACUCAACCAUUUUCAUGUAGACAUUGACAACUGCUCUUGCUUGUUAGAGUGGUUUCUCUCCACCUCUGAUAAGUCACCCUGUACCUUUAAAAGCCACAUAGCACACGACGGCACUCACUCAUUUUUUUAAGGGUAACGGAAUUCUCUGCGCUGUCUGUCUGUCUGUCUGUCUGUCUGUCUGUCUGUCUGUCUGUCUGUCUGUCUGUGUCUCUCUCUGUCUGUCUCUCUCUGU